CAAGCGCUGAGAUACUGGGAAUACAUACUGCAUAUUUCUCUAUGUACAAUAAGAUCGCUGACCACACUCCGGCGUUGGUUGAAAACUUCUCAAACCAGGCAAUCUUUCUCUGAUCCGGAUAUCCUCCGUGGUUCUAACCAGUUCGUUCAUCCUUCCUCUGAAUUUCGGUCUCAUGUCGACUUAAAGCGUGGAUUACUGGCACCGUAGAUGCUCUUAUUAACUGGAGAUAAAUUAGACAGAAGGACAAGUAAGUGUUCCCGGAGAAACUAGAGGAGGAAUCUCCUGAUUUCUUUUUUUUUCUCUUGACGUGUAUCUGGUAAUCUCAGUUAUAUGCGUGGAGCUGGCGAGGGUUCUUUUGUGAUUUUUACUCGUGCUGGGCAGAUCACUGACCACUUGAAUCGCGUCCCCCCUUUGGUUUGCCUUCCCCUCUUCUUUCCCCUCCUUUAGGUGUGAAAUCUAUCUUCUCAGACAGAGACUCUGAACCCCUCGGUCCCCGCAUGACAUGGUUCAGUCCAGCUGCGAGCUCCGAGCCUCCUCCAUGCAUUGGGAUUUUUCUCAGCGCCGACACCGAGUGAAUCUCCCUUUUCUGACCGUUUGAAAACUCGUCGUGCCUGCCAGACCAGAGAAAAAGCCCUGCCAUGACCGCCGCUUCAAAUCAGGACGGAGCAACGGGACUUUUCAGGAGACCGGAAUGCGCAGGCAGGAAAGUGGACGGAAUACGGAUUUUUGCUCUAAUGAAGGCGGGAGUGCAGGCGCACCAUUGGAGCCGGAUGCUGUUCUUAUAUAUGGGGCUGCUGGUCGCCUCAGUAAAGGCUCAGAACUGCAGUUACACAUUACAGAAUCCCAAUGGGACAAUAGAAAGCCCUGGAUACCCUUACGGCUAUCCUAACUAUGCCAACUGUACAUGGGUCAUUGUGGCGGCAGAGCACAACCGGAUACAGCUGGUGUUUCAAGGCUUUGCCCUAGAGGAGGACUUUGACAUCUUGUCUGUAUAUGAUGGGCCGCCCAGCCCUGGAAACCUGCGAACAAGGUUAACUGGCUUCCAGCUGCCUCCACCAAUUGUGAGUACGGGCUCCAGGCUCACAUUGUGGCUGCUUUCUGACUAUGCGGUCAGCGGGCAGGGAUUCAAAGCUGCAUAUGAAGCUUUGCCCAGCUACACUUGUGGUAAUCCUGGAAAGCUACUCAACGGCCACCAGCAGGGGUCUACUUUUAAUAUCGGGGACAAGAUCCGCUACAGCUGCAGCCCGGGCCAUGUACUAGAGGGUCAUACCACCCUGUCCUGCCUUGCCACUUCAGCUGGUACUGCUGCCUGGGAUUUCCCCCUUCCUUACUGCAGAGCGGAUGACGGAUGUGGAGGGACACUGCGGGGCCAGAGUGGGGUGAUAACUACUCCCAAUUACCCAUCUGAAUAUAACAACAAUGCCGACUGCACCUGGACUGUGCUGGCUGAGCCAGGAGACACCAUUGCCCUGGUUUUUUCUGACUUUCAGCUGGAGGAUGAUUAUGACCUGUUGGAGGUCAGCGGCACUGAAGGUUCUUCGCAAUGGUUUACUGGCCCGAACCUUCCUUCGCCCAUCAUUAGCAGCAAGAACUGGCUUCGACUGCACUUUACUUCAGAUGGCAACCAUAAGUUAAGAGGUUUCAGUGCCCAAUACCAAGUGAAGAAGAUGACUGAACUUAAGUCCCGGGGUGUGAAGAUGUUGCCCAGCAAAGACAACCACCACAAGAUAUCAGUGUUGUCUCAGAUGGGUGUAGCACAGGGCCACAACAUGUGUCCGGAUCCUGGGAUUCCAGAUCGAGGAAAAAGAAAAGGUUCUGACUUCAGGCGAGGAGCCACAGUGCAUUUCUCCUGUGACGAGGGUUAUGAACUGCAGGGCUCGAAGAGCAUCACUUGUCUCAGAGUGACAGACAGCUACGUAGGCUGGAGUGACGAUCGGCCCAUCUGCAGAGCACCAAUGUGCGGAGGCCAGUUGAGAGGACCCAGUGGUGUCAUCACAUCUCCGAACUACCCAGUUCAGUAUGACAACAACGCCAACUGCACUUGGGUCAUCACGGCGACAGACACAUCUAAGGUGAUCAAGCUGACAUUUGAAGAUUUUGACCUGGAGCGAGGCUACGACACGCUGACGGUUGGAGACGGCGAGGUAGUGGGAGACCAGAAGACCAUCUUCCACGUUCUGUCUGGUUCGACUACUCCAGACCUUGUCGUGAGCACCAGUCAUCAGAUGUGGCUCAACUUCAAAACAGAUGAUACCAGUGGCUCGUUGGGCUUCAAGGUGUCCUAUGAAGAGAUUGAGCAAGGCAGUUGUGGAGAUCCUGGAAUUCCAGCUUACGGCAAGCGGGAGGGGACAGGUUUCCGUCACGGGGACAGACUGUACUUCGAGUGUCUGCCUGCCUUCGAGCUGGUGGGGAAGAAGAACAUCACCUGUCAGAAGAACAACCAGUGGUCAGCUAAGAAACCCAGCUGCGUUUUUUCCUGUUUCUUCAACUUUACCACUCCAUCGGGGGUGCUGCUAUCUCCCAACUACCCUCAGGAGUACGGAAACAAUAUGCACUGUGUGUGGCUCAUCAUCACCAACCCUGAGAGCAGAAUCAAUCUGGCCUUCAACGACCUCAGCAUGGAGAAGCAGUUUGACUUCCUCUCCAUCAAGGAUGGGGGAAAGGCUGAAUCUCCUAUCCUGGGGACCUUCUCUGGUGAUGUCCUGCCUCCUCCCAUAACAACCAGUGCGCAUGUAGCCCGUUUGGAGUUCCUGACUGACCACACCUACACAGACAGAGGCUUUAACAUCACAUUUACAACGUUCCGCCACAACGAGUGCCCAGACCCGGGUGUGCCGGUUAAUGGGAAACGCUUUGGAGAGAGCCUUCAGCUGGGCAGUUCCAUCUCAUUCCUGUGCGAGGACGGCUUUGUUAAGACCCAUGGCUCCCUGACCAUCUCCUGCAUUCUCAAGGACGGCAAUGUGGUGUGGGACAACGCUGUUCCUCGCUGUGAAGCCCCGUGUGGAGGGGAUCUGAAGGCUCCCAAUGGAAUCAUCCUCUCCCCUGGCUGGCCAGAACUAUACAAGGAGGCCCUUAACUGUGAAUGGAUCAUUGAGGCUCCUCCAGGCUACCCCAUCAAGAUCAUCUUCGACAAGUUUCGCACCGAGGUUAACUAUGAUGUCCUCGAGGUGCGAGAUGGACGUUUUCCCUCUUCACCACUAAUUGGCAGUUACCAGGGCACACAAGUUCCCCAGUUCCUGAUCAGCACCUCCAACUUCCUGUAUCUCCUAUUCACCACUGACAAGAGCCACUCUGACAUUGGCUUCCGUAUACGUUAUGAAACCCUGCAGCUACAAUCAGAUCACUGUGUGGAUCCUGGCAUCCCCGUCAACGGGCAGCGACACGGGAACGACUUCUACGUCGGAGCUUUGGUGACAUUUAGUUGCGACGCAGGGUACACGCUUAGUGACUCUGAGCCAUUAGAAUGUGAACCCAAUUUUCAGUGGAGUCGCCCCCUGCCUAGCUGUGAUGCAUUGUGUGGAGGUUACAUCCAGGGCAACGCCGGCACCAUCUUGUCUCCCGGCUUCCCAGACUUUUACCCGCAUAACCUGAACUGCACGUGGAUGAUCGAGACCUCCCACGGCAAAGGUGUCCAGUUCACCUUCCACACCUUCCACCUUGAGAGCCCUCACGAUCAUUUAUUGGUGACAGAGAACAGCAGCUUCUCUCAGCCACUUUGGAGGCUGACGGGCUCCACCUUGCCUCCGCCUCUCAGCGCAGGGCUGUUUGGAAACUACACAGCACAGAUCCGCUUCCUGUCUGACUUUUCCGUUUCGUAUGAGGGAUUCAACAUCACCUUCUCUGAUUAUGAUUUGGAGCCGUGCGAAGAUCCUGGAAUUCCACCUUACAGCACCAGAAAGGGAUUGCAGUACGGAGUGGGCGAUGCCCUCAUCUUCUCUUGUUUCCCAGGUUACCGACUGGAGGGUCCAGCGAGGGUGGUCUGCUUAGGGGGCAGGAGGCGGGUGUGGAGCUCCCCUCUGCCAAGGUGUGUUGCUGAAUGUGGUUCAUCCGUGACUGGUAUGCAAGGGGUGCUGCUCUCACCCAACUACCCCGGUUACUACGGCAACAACCACGAGUGCAUCUACUCCAUCCAGACGCAGCCUGGCAAAGGCAUUCAGCUACGGGCACGGGAUUUCAGACUGGAGGAGGAUGACAUACUCAAAGUCUUUGAUGGAAGCAGUAAUAAGGCUCGCCUGCUGGGGGUGUUUACAGGCAACGAGCUGCUAGACACAACCCUGAACUCCACCUCCAGCUCUAUGUGGCUCGAGUUCAUCAGCAAUGCGGAUAACACCAGUAAAGGCUUUGAACUACACUUCACCAGUUUCGAGCUCGUGAAAUGCGAGGAUCCAGGUGUUCCCCAGUUUGGCUACAAGCGGGAGGACAAGGGUCAUUUUGCAGGGAGCAUCGUGUCUUACAGCUGUGACCCGGGCUACACCCUGAAAGGUCCCGAGGUGCUCACCUGCCUGAGGGGCGAAAGGAGGGCUUGGGACAGCCCCCUUCCACUCUGUGUUGCCGAGUGUGGGGGGACCAUCAAAGACGAGCCUUCCGGUCGUAUCCUCUCUCCGGGCUACCCGGCACCAUACGAGCACAACCUGCACUGCAUGUGGACCAUCGAGGCGGCCCCAGGAAGCACUAUAAGUCUUCAUUUCCUGGUUUUCCACACGGAAGAGGUCCAUGAUGUGCUUCGGAUCUGGGAUGGGCCCCAGGAUGGAGGUGUCCUGCUGAGGGAGCUAAGUGGCUCAGUGCUGCCCCAAGACGUCCACAGCACCUUUAACACUAUCAACCUGCAGUUCACCACAGACUUCUUCACCAGCAAACAAGGCUUCGCUCUUCAGUUUUCUGUGUCUACUGCAACCUCCUGCAAUGACCCAGGCAUGCCUACUAAUGGGACCCGCGGUGGCGACAGCAGGGAACCCGGAGACCAUGUGGUGUUCCAGUGUGAUCCGGGUUACAUCCUGCAGGGGGCCAACAGGAUCACCUGCACUGAAAUCAAUGGUCGCUUCUUCUGGCAGCCAGACCCUCCUACAUGCACAGCUCCAUGUGGCGGGAACCUGACAGGUCCUAGUGGGCUGAUUCUGUCUCCAGACUAUCCUGAACCGUAUCCUCACGGACGAGAGUGUGACUGGACAGUUACUGUCACACAGGACUAUGUCAUCUCUCUGACCUUCAACCAGUUCAGCUUGGAGCCAAGUUAUGACUUUUUGCACAUCUAUGAUGGACCGGACUCCCUCAGCCCCUUGUUGGGUAGCUUUUAUGGCACAGAUGUUCCCGAUCGCAUUGAGAGCAGCUCCAACACGCUCUUCUUGGCUUUCCGCAGCGACGCCUCUCUCAGCAGCAAUGGAUUUGUGCUGCAGUACACAGAGAACCCUAGGGAGUCUUGCUUUGAGCCCGGCCUGGUGCGCAAUGGGACACGGGUGGGCACCAAUCUCAAGCUGGGCUCCACCGUCACCUACCACUGCGACAGUGGCUACACACUAGAGGGAGACCCAACGCUCACUUGCAUCAUGGGGGUGGAUGGCAAGCCGAGCUGGAACAAACCCAAACCCAUCUGCAUUGCUCUAUGUGGUGGACAGUACACUGGUUCAGAGGGAGUGGUCUUGUCUCCUGGUUACCCCGGUAACUACAGCAGCGCACGAACCUGUUUGUACUCUGUAGUCGUGCCCAAAGAUUACGUGGUCUUCAGUCAGUUCGCCUUCUUCCAGACGGCCCUGAAUGACAUCGUGGAGGUUUACGAUGGGGCAACGCAGCACUCCCGCGUUCUUAGCUCGCUCUCUGGAGCACACACAGGUGAGUCGUUGCCAUUAGCAACCUCCAACCAAAUCCUGAUCCGCUUUACCUCCAAAGGCCAAUCCAGCUCUAGAGGAUUCCAUCUGGUCUAUCAGGCCGUGCCGCGGACCAGCGCCACCCAGUGCAGCUCAGUCCCCGAGCCCCGAAAUGGCAGACGAAUGGGUAACAACUUUGCCGUCGGCGCCGUGGUCCGCUUCGAGUGCAGCCCUGGUUACGUCCUGGAGGGAUCGAGCGCUAUCGAAUGUUUAACCGUUCCCAAUGCCCUGGCACAAUGGAACAGCUCGAUACCCAGCUGCAUAGUUCCAUGUGGAGGUAAUCUGACCCAGCGAACUGGCACCAUCUUAUCUCCUGGAUUUCCUGAGCCCUACCUCAACAGCCUCAACUGUGUGUGGAAGAUCACAGUUCCCGAAGGAUCAGGAAUCCAGAUCCAGGUAAUCAGCUUUGUGACAGAGCAGAACUGGGAUUCGCUGGAGGUGUUUGACGGAGGCGACAACACUGACACCAUGCUUGGCAGCUUCUCGGGCACGACGGUCCCAGCUCUGCUCAACAGCACCUCCAACCAACUCUACCUCCACUUUUUCUCUGAUAUCAGCGUGUCUGCAGCUGGAUUCAGGCUGGAAUACAAAACCGUGUCUUUGACUAACUGUCCAGAGCCUGUAGUUCCUAUGAAUGGUAUCAAGGUUGGAGAGCGCCUUCAGAUGAAUAACGUGGUGUCAUUCCAUUGUGAACCAGGAUAUACGCUACAGGGGAACUCGCACAUCACUUGUAUGCCUGGAACUGUCAGACGAUGGAACUACCCACCUCCUCUCUGCAUAGCUCAGUGUGGUGGAAUUCGGGAAGAGAUGGAGGGCAUGAUUCUCAGUCCCGGUUUCCCUGGCAACUACCCUAGCAACAGUGACUGCACCUGGAGAAUCUACCUGCCAGUUGGUUACGGAGCCCACAUACAGUUCCUCAACUUUUCCACUGAAGCCAACCACGACUUCCUCGAGAUACGCAAUGGGCCCUUGGAAACAAGUGCUGUCAUUGGCAGAUUCAGCGGCCAGGAUGUUCCCUCUUCCCUUCUCACCACCUCUCACGAGACCACAAUUUAUUUCCAUAGUGACCAUUCGCAGAACAAGCCUGGCUUCAGGUUUGAGUACCAGGCUUAUGAGCUACAGGAGUGCCCAGAUCCAGAGCCUUUUCGCUACGGGGUGGUGGUGGGUGCUGGCUACAACGUGGGCCAGUCUAUUUCCUUCGAGUGUCUGCCCGGGUAUCAGCUGACGGGACAUUCCAUCCUCACCUGUGAGCACGGCACCACCCGCAACUGGGAUCACCCUUUCCCUCGCUGUGAAGUGCCUUGUGGUGGGAACAUCACAUCAGACAAUGGGACCAUCUUUUCCCCGGGUUACCCUGAGGAGUAUCCAAGCUCAGCUGACUGCUCCUGGCUGAUUACUGUGGCUCCUGGAUUUGGCAUCAAACUGAACUUCUCCCUCCUUCAAGUUCAUGGGCCACACGACUUCAUUACUGUCUGGGAUGGUCCACAAGAAACAGCCAGGAAACUAGGUGUGUUUACUGAUGGAGAGCCCAACGACCCACCCAGCAGCACAUCUAAUCAGGUGCUGAUACGGUUCCGUAGUAAUACAGAGAAGGGUGGACUCUUUCGUAUCAGCUAUCAAGCUUACAGACUACAGUACUGCCUCCCUCCCUCCAUCAUUCCUAAUGCUGAGAUUCUGAUGGCAAGCAAGGAAUUUAAAAUUGGUGAUAUAGUGCGCUACCGAUGUCUCCCAGGAUACCAAUUAAGUGGAAACAGCAUCCUGACCUGUCGGCUAGGUACACAUUUGGAAUUUGAGGGCCCUCCACCCUCAUGUGAUGUGACGUGUCCCAUGAACGAGAUACUCACAGCCUCCACGGGCGUCAUCAUGAGUCAGUCGCCCGGCAACGGUUUUCCCCACUUUGAGUCCUGCUCCUGGGUGGUUAAGGUAGAACCCGGCUACAACAUCACUUUCACUAUCGAACAUUUCCAGACCAGCCGUCAGUUCGAUGAGCUUGAAAUCUUUGAUGGCCCAUCCAGACAGAGUCCUCUCCUAAUCACACUAAGUGGUAACUAUUCCAGUCCGCUCAGCAUUACCAGUUCCAGUAACAAAGUCUACCUGCACUGGUCCUUCGAUCACACUACCAGCCACAAAGGCUUCCGCAUACGCUACUCAGCUGCCUACUGCAGCCCUCCAAACAGCCCAGUAAAUGGCACAGUGCACAGUCUGACAGGCACAAAACUCGGCAGCACCCUGCGUUUCAGCUGUGACCAGGGCUUUCGUCUUAUUGGCCAAAGCAGUGCCACCUGUACGCGGACUGCACAGGUGAUCUACCAGUGGAACGCACCGGUCCCGCUUUGCCAAGUCAUGUCCUGUGGGAUGCCAGUUCCUCCUGUUAAUGGCAGCAUUGCUGGCCAGGACUUCUCUCUAGGAGCCAGAGUCACCUAUCAAUGUAACCCUGGAUUUCGGCUCUCGGGGCCCAUCACCACCUCAGUGAUCUGUCAGGAGUCUGGGAGGUGGAGCCCCAUAGAGGCCCCACCUAGAUGUAUUCCUGUCACCUGCCCCGACAUUGGUCACUCUGCAGUGGAACAUGGGAGAUGGAGGCUAAUCUAUGGGACUCAAAACCAAUAUGAUGCUAUCAUGAUGCUCACUUGCGACCCAGGAUAUUAUUACAGAGGUCAAAGGGUAAUUCGCUGCCAAGCCAACAGCACAUGGAACUAUCCAAAUCCUCGCCCAGUUUGCGAGAUCAUCUCCUGCGGGGACCUCGGGACUCCACCGAACGGACACAAGAUUGGAACCCUUACUGUGUAUGGAGCUACAGCUAUUUUCUCAUGCAACACGGGCUAUACCUUGGUGGGCUCUCGGGUGCGAGAGUGUAUGUCCAACGGGCUUUGGAGUGGAACACAGGUCCAGUGCCUGGCGGGCCAUUGUGGUACUCCAGAGCCAAUAGUGAAUGGCCAGAUCAUUGGGGAGAAUUAUAACUAUCGAGGCAGCGUUGUGUACCAGUGUAACCCAGGAUUUCGGCUCAUUGGAGUGUCAGUGCGAGUCUGUGAACAGGAUCACCACUGGUCAGGACAUACUCCUGUUUGUGUUCCCAUCACCUGUGGCCACCCUGGCAACCCUACCUUUGGUAUGACCCAAGGAACCCAGUUUAACCUAAACGAUGUCGUGCGUUUCAUCUGCAAUACUGGAUACGUUCUACAAGGGGCUGUAAAAUCGACUUGCCAGGCCAACGGGCAGUGGAGCAACAUCCUACCCAGGUGUAAAAUUGUUAACUGCACAGAGCCAGGACAUGUGGAGAACAGCAUUAGGCAGGUACUGUCCAGCGGGCCGCAUCGCUACAGCUUCCAAACCACUGUGUCAUAUCGCUGUAGUCCAGGCUACUACCUGCUGGGCACCAGCUCGAUCUCCUGUCAGGGAGAUGGCACCUGGGACCGCUCCCUACCCAAAUGCCUGUUGGUGCUGUGUGACCGCCCCAGCGUGCCUCCUUACACCCAGCUUUCAGGUGACCGUCGAACAGUGGGCUCCGUCAUUCGCUACAGUUGCAUCGGUCAGCGUAGCAUCAUUGGCAAUACAACAAGAAUGUGCCAGCUGGAUGGGCAGUGGAGCGGCUCGCCACCACAUUGCUCUGGAGAGGCUGCUGGGUUGUGCGGUGAUCCGGGCGUUCCCGUGCAUGGGAUCCGUCUAGGAGAGGAGUUUACGGUGGGCAGUGUUGUCCGCUUCAGCUGUGAGCCAGGCUAUGCGCUGAAGGGCUCUCCGGAGAGAACCUGUCUGGCCAAUGGAAGCUGGCUGGGCACACAACCAGAGUGCCAUGUGGUUUCUUGUGGAAAUCCAGGAACUCCACGGAAUGCCCAGAUCCUCAUUCACGAUGGCCUGACUUUUUCCAGAUCCAUCACUUACGCUUGCAGGGAGGGCUACUACUCUACUGGACUCCUGACCCGGCACUGCACUGUUAACGGGACUUGGACCGGCAACAUGCCUGAAUGCUCAGUUAUCAACUGCGGCGAUCCCGGAGUGCCAGCUAACGGGGUGAGAUUUGGGAGUGAUUUCACCUACAACCACACGGUCACGUUCCAGUGCUCCCCUGGUUUCACCAUGGAUGCCGAUCGGGCCUCCUCUCUCAUCUGCACCAAGACCCGCACCUGGAAUGGCACCAAACCUCUCUGUAAAGCAAUUGUAUGUGGUCCACCACCCACCAUCCCCAAUGGACAGGUUGUUGGGACAGACUUCACCUGGGGCUCCAGCAUAAGCUACUCCUGCAACCAAGGUUACCAGCUGUCCCUACCCACUGUGUUAACAUGCCAAGGCAACGGCAACUGGAGUGGAGAGAAACCACAGUGCUUCCCUGUUUUUUGUGGAGACCCGGGAAUGCCAACACAGGGGAGAAGGGAGGACAGCGGUUUCACCUAUCUCUCCUCCGUCUCCUUCUUCUGCGACCCGCCACUCGUCCUGGUCGGCUCAUCGCGGAGAUACUGCCAGUAUGAUGGCACCUGGAGUGGCACGCAGCCGUCUUGCAUAGAUCCCAGUCACACUACCUGUGGAGAUUCUGGCACGCCUCUCUUUGGAAAUCAGAACAACAGCCAGGGCUACCAGAUCGGCAGUACGGUGUUCUUCAGCUGCAGAAAGGGCUACUUACUGCAGGGCUCGAUUUCUCGCACCUGCCUACCAAACCUCACUUGGAGUGGCUUUCAACCUGAGUGCAUUGCCCACCAUUGCAGCCAGCCAGAGCUGCCAGCCCAGUCUGAUGUGAGAGCCAUUGAACUGCCAUCCCUGGGCUACACACUGAUCUAUACAUGUCAGCCCGGCUUCUACUUGGCUGGAGGAUCAGAGCACAGGACGUGCAGGUCCGACGGUAGCUGGUCAGGGAAACCGCCUCUGUGUGCAGCUGAUAUUCGCCCAAGUGGUAGGGGCCCGGUGGUGCCAGUGCAGGAGCCGUCCUCCAAGCACCCAGUUCCUGUUGGUGUGUUUGCUAAGAACUCCCUCUGGAGGGGAUCCUACGAGUACCUCGGGAAGAAGCAACCAGCUAUGUUGAGCAUCACUGCCUUUGAACCCUUUAGCAACCGGGUUAAUGGGACACUCAUCGACCACAGUGGAGUAGAACUUAAACUGGCAGGUACAUAUAAGAGAGAGGAUGCUCAGCUGGUGCUGCAGGUUCAUCAGAUCAGAGGCCCUGUGGAGAUCUUUGUCAACAAGUUCAAAAUGGACAACUGGUCCCUAGAUGGACGUGUGUCCUACAUCUCUUCUUCCAACUCCUACGUGUACCAGGGAGUUGUCACCGGAAAAGGCUUUGGCCAAUUUGGUCUCCAGAGACUGGAGAGUUUAGAUCCCAGCAGAGACCAACAAGGCUACAACUUUGCCUCCAACAGCAGUUCAGUGGCAGCAGCCAUCCUAGUGCCUUUUAUAGCCAUGAUCAUUGCAGGCUUCGCUCUGUACCUCUACAAACACAGAAGAAGACCCAAAGUUCCCUUCAAUGGUUACGUGGGCCAUGAGAACACUAACGGGCGAGCCACGUUCGAGAACCCCAUGUAUGACCGCAACAUCCAACCCACUGACAUCAUGGCCAAUGAGACAGAGUUCACAGUCAGCACAGUGUGCACAGCUGUAUAGCAACCGCUUCCUCUGAAGUCCGGGGACGAGAGGUGCACCACGUCCUCGCCUGCGUGCCAGCUGAGGACAUCUAUAGCUCCUUGAGCAGAGGGCAAGACAAAGAUUAUUUUAUUUGCUGAAAUACCUUCAAGAAACAUCUCCAGCGGAAAAGGCGCUUACCUGCUGGCGAUAAGAAAACAAACAGAAAGAAACCACGUGAAGACAACCAUCUGAACACACGACAACAACAACGCGCUUUUCGUAACUUUACGUGGUUUCUUGAUCAUUCUCCAUAUUUCGAGGAAAAGCUUCCACCUUAAACUGCAGCCAGCGGGGAGUACGACUGGGAGCAAAGCUGUGAUGACUUUUCUCACCGCCUAAACCCAAAGGGAAUUUUACCUGUAAACUUUUAAGUCGAGAAAUAUACCUGUAGCUUACGGAGGCCUCUGUGCAAGCGAACUGUAAGACGGGCAGCGGCGUAUUGGCUUGUGUGUGAAUCUGAGGGAGACGGUCUGGACUGUUUCGAUUCAUCUUUCUCGUUUUUUUGUUUUUUGUUUCUCAUUAGCUAUUUUUAUUGUGUUCGCUCUUAUAUGCUGCUCACCUUAUUCUUUGAGUCGCUGGAUGCCAGUUUUCUUCCCAGCUGUCCGCUCCUGAGGUUCUCGAAAAGUAUCAUCGGGGACCCCUCAGUUUCUGGCAGAGGAUGAAUUAAAAAUUCAGUGAGUUUUUGAAGGCCUUGCUGGAGACACACACACACAGACACACUCGACUUCAUCUUUUUUUUUGUAGCAGGAAUAAAAUUCUGCUUGGCGAGGCAGCUGUGUCCAGUGUAGGGGUUCAAAGGUAGCUUGGGCUGCUGAAAUUAAAAAAAAAAAAAAGCACUUAGUGAGGUUGUAGUGAGAGUUGUACAUGCGAGUGUGAGUGCGUAUGUUCAUGUGCACAUCUUGUAGCUGCCCUCAUCUGUUCUCACCCUAAAAAUCCAACCAAACACGCAAUGCUGUCUUAUUUUAUUUUUUUGUUGCUUUAAGAAGUGAAAGUAUUGAGUUUACGAGUUUAGGAUUACGCCAACUCAGAGGCUCCGAAAACCAGUAAAUUAAACGUCGACAAUCUAUAAAUCCAGUCUCCAUCAUUUUUCUUUCUUUUCUUUUUGGUUGGUAGCGAUCGAUCAGAUAGAUCAAAGGGACCGAAGAGAGACAAAUUCACUUCUCAAGCUAACACACUUGAAUCAAAGGUUAAGCAAGGGGAAGUACUCUUGACAUUUGCUCCAAAAACAGGCUUUUUUUUAACCAUGCCGCCACCUCUGCUCUGAGGCCCUUGAGGAGAAGGGACCAUGUCGCAACAAACCACAAUGUAGCACAGCAAAUCUGUAUUUAGAUUACACUAUCUGCUUUUUUUCUUUUCUUUUUUAAAGUUUCUUUUAAUCCCGGAUCCAGCUUUGCUCGUUUCACUGGAUUAAAAGGUGACACAAGUUGCAGCAGUAGCUCCGCUAAACUUUGGCCUUAGGAAAACAAAGAUCAAAGUGCGGUCAUGUUCUCGCUCUCUGGAAAUGUUCAAAUGAAGGCGCUGGGGUUUGAAGAAUGGAUGAAGCGAGAGAUGCGUUCCCUCUGGAUUGCAUUCAGGUCUUUUUCAUGCAAGCUCACUUCUGACAGCUCGCUCCCCUUUGGAAAAAAAAAAGAAAAAGAAAAAAAUUGCGGAAAUGAUAAAUAUGAUUUUGGGAGGGGGUUGAAAAAAGUGUUUAUGUCUUUGCUGCUAACGCUUCCCCAUAUCUAUGGCAACUGGGGAGUGAUAUGCAAAAAAAAAUUAUAUUGAAAAUGCAACACAGGAGGAAACUGUCAUCUAAUAUAACAGCGGGGCUCUACCUUGGCUGGUGAAUGACACGUCUGAUGAAAAUACGAAUGCUUUGUGACCCGUAUUAAGUGUGUGUGUGUGUGUGUGUGUGUGUGAGAGAGAGAGAGGGGGGGGGGGGGG